AUGGACAUUGACUCACCAGCACCAGCUGGCCGUGUGAGCGCGUUCCACUCGCCUGCUCCCACCGACGUCGGGUCGCCCGACUUUGGAAGGUUCUUUGCCGAGUCACCUGCCAUGCCCGCUGCCGCCAAACGCCGUGCGCCGCCCUCGCCCGGAUCGCCGUCGAGCUCACCCUCGACGAACCGCAUGCGCACCGACAAGGCAGUCUCCACGAAUGCCCUGUUCGGGAACCGCAACACCGGAGGCCUGGGCCAGCGCCGGUCCGGGGCCUUUGCGUCACGCCGGCCGCCGUUACAGCCAAUUCUGGCGGGCGAGGGGCAACGCAACUUGAGUACAACGUCUGCGCACCCAAUCCUCUGCGGUCCCGGAUUGCCGACACGCUCCAAUUUUAUGCGCCGCGCCAACUCGAUGUUCUGCGACCAGAACAUUAGAGAGGGAAGCGACAACGAGAACGAGUCCGAGUUUGAGACCUCGUUCGAAGCUUCUCCGUCGAUCCCGGACAUCCGGCGGCGUUACGGCCGGCCCGCAUUGCCCCGUGUCGACGGGUCACCCAACAAGGCCCGUUCUUCGGCACCCAUGCUCGCGGCCCGUCCACCGAUCAGGGCCGAGACCCGUGGCCUGCCAAGCUUCGGCGAGAACGAAGUGCAGGGCAAGAUCCUCCCUUGUCACCCCAUAAAGGAUGACGGCCUGGUUCGCAUUACGCCCCAGACACUGUGCGACGUGCUUGAGGGUCGCUACAACCAUAAGAUGAAACGCUACCACAUCAUCGACUGCCGUUUCGAUUAUGAGUUUGAGGGUGGGCACAUCGAAGGUGCGAUCAACAUCCACAACCCGGCCGACCUCGAUUCGCUGUUACUGUCGGCGAAUGGUGGUAUCAAUGAGGCGGACGGCGUCUUGCCUGCUCCCAGCACCAGCGGAAAAGUGGAGAGCACACAGCAAGUGGCCCUAAUCUUCCACUGCGAGUUCAGCAAGAAGCGCGCGCCCGAGGUUGCACGCGAGCUUCGUACGCGAGACCGUAGGCGCAAUGAAGGGCACUGGCCGCAGGUGCACUACCCCGAGCUCUACAUUCUCGAGGGCGGCUACUGCAGCUUCUUCAAGCACUCGCCCUCCAAGUGCGAGCCCCAGGCGUACCGCGAGAUGGAGGGUCACCAUCUGUGUGACACCAAGCUGAACACGUUCAAGAAGGACUUUCAGCGCACGCGCUCGCUGCCAGCCUGCGAUUUCCGCCCACCACGCGGCGAGAUGCCACCACCUCCAUGCGGCACCUUUAUCCGCCCCAUGCCACUAUUGGCCCGGAGACGCGGGACUGAGACUUCGAGAUCGGUCGACCUGGACUCUUCCCCUCUGCCCUCCGACGCGAGUCCGUGCCCGCGCUCUCUUGUCACGGGUCAGACCGGACUGCGCUUUGGCGCCGUCGCCACUCGGACCCACAACAGAGCUGGGUUCCAGCGCCACGCCUCGUUUGCAGGCGCCACCGUACGGCGCUAA